GGCUGGAGGAGGUAUGCAGCCUUGAGAUCAGUCCUGUCGGCAGCACCAUGCGGGCGGUGUGUUAAAUCUGGCUGGACUCAGGCCGCAGUCCUGCUGCCCUCUCGCAGAUGAAUCAGCCUUGCUGCCGAAUUCUGUUUUCGCUCCGGAUUUCGCUGCCUGGACCAAUGCAUACAAAUGCAUUUAGGAACCCAAAGGAUAAGGAGUGGAUCCACCUCUCCCACCACCGAAACGAAAUCCCUCCUUUUCUUAGUGACGAUAUGUAUGGCUGCUGGAAUUGCACAAACCCACACACAAGGUAUAGACAUUCUCCAGAAACUUGGUCUUAUAGACAAUGGAGCACAAUUCCCAUCACCACCACCUUCUCAACAACCACGGACAUCACUCUCGUUACCUCAGGGGAUCACGGCAACAGAGACAGGCAUUAUCCUGUCGAGCGACGCACACAUUGAAGCUCCCACAGCAAGCCUCACACCACUAGAUAUUGGAGACGAGUUCACCAUCAUUGUUAGUCUCCGUUCUCAUCGAGUCAACAAUGCUUUUCUGUUCAGUGUUAGAAAUAAGAACAGACUCCAGUUCGGUGUACAGAUUUUACCAAGAAAAUUAGUUGUGUAUGUUGCGGAGAAGCGGUCUGUAUAUUUUGAUUAUAAUGCUCACGAUGGGCAGUGGCAUUCACUUGCCAUUGCAAUCAAAGGCAAAACUGCUACCUUUUCUGCCAACUGUGGUGCAAGUCUCGUCAGCAAGGAACUGCUUAUCAAACCGCAGAAAUUUGUUUCUGGCAGCAAGUUAACCCUGGGAAGGUUGAACUUGAAAGCGGUUUCGUUUGAAGGUGCCAUCUGCCAGCUGGAUAUUCAUCCCACCGCUCGAGCUGCUGCCAACUAUUGCAAUUAUGUGAAGAAACAGUGUCGUCAGGCAGACACCUAUCGAUCCCCGUCACCCUCGCUUUCUACCGCAAUCCCUAAAGCUGCCAAUUCCAGCUCUCGGUAUACAGGCUCUUCAUUGAGUGAAGGGAUACAAACAAAACCAAGUUCAGCAGCAACCUCCCCUCAUAUCACCAGCACACAAGGGCAAGAAAUUACUGAUGAAGAUAAAUAUUUCAGUCACUCAUUAGACCGAGGUGUUGAAACUAACACACAAAAGAAUUUGCCUGAAUCAAGGAUUUUGUCUCCACUACCUCCGACUUCAACCCCUCACUUCAAUGAUACUUGGAGAUUGCAUCUGUUUAAUGACACAGAUAUUGGCCCCGGCACUGUUCAGUCUGCCCUUGACCAGAACCUAACAUCUGAUACCAGGAAAUUUGAAGGAUUAGCUAGUAGGGAGGGAACUGAAUCAGAAGAAGAUCAAUCGGAAAAUGUCACAGAGGAUGGAAAUGGAGAGAAUCCGAAGUUAUCUGACAAAGAUUCAUCACCCUUAACCACACUGUUGAAGCAACACGAGAUAAAAGAAAGUCUCAGGAACUUAAAUCGUCCAGAGAUUGUAAAACAAAUUUCAGACCAGCUCCUGGAAAUACAGAUGAUCAAUGCAACGUUGUACAGAGCAUCAAAGGAAACUUCCAUACAAAAUCAGAACAACUUGUGGGAUGAAAGUGAUCACUCCCCUGUGGAUUUAGAUCAUGCCAUGGAUAAUUCACGUGAAAUUGAUAUUGAGAACUAUGAAUACGAUUAUGAAGACUCUUUCGACUAUUUAGUUUAUGAAGGCUUACCUGGGCCAAAAGGGGAACCGGGACCACCUGGUCUCCCAGGCCCACCUGGUGCAUCAGGCCCUCCCGGAAGACGGGGUGCAAGGGGUCCAAAAGGAGAACCAGGCUUAUUCCCCAUUAAAGCACCACCUGGAGAACAGGGUGAUCCAGGUUCCACUGGCUCCGUUGGCCCUCUCGGUCCCUCAGGUCAAAAGGGUCCCAAAGGAUAUCAAGGUGCACCCGGACCACCAGGGGAACGAGGUCCCCCUGGUCUGGAUGGGAACCCCGGAGUGAGUGGAUACCCUGGCAGGCAGGGUUUAGUUGGGCCAAAGGGAAAUCCUGGUCCAAAAGGUGGAAGGGGGUUUAUAGGACCUCCUGGGAUGGUGGGACCACCAGGGCCAGAAGGCAAAAAGGGCAUUGAUGGUCCCCGUGGAAAGAAAGGCCCCAAAGGGAGACCGGGAUAUCCAGGUGCUUUUGGAGUGAGAGGCCCCCCUGGUUCAGAUGGCAGCCCAGGGAUGGUUGGAGGAGUUGGUCAACCUGGAUUUCCUGGCCUGAGGGGUGACGUUGGUCCUGUAGGGUUAACUGGCCUCCCGGGGAUCCCAGGACCUCAGGGUCUGGUGGGAAGUGUUGGACAGCCUGGACUGAAAGGUGAUAAGGGUGAUCAUGGUGUGCUGGGAGCACCUGGGGAACGAGGAUAUUCUGGAGACAGGGGAGCAACUGGUUUGCCAGGACCACCGGGAGUGAGGGGGAAGCCAGGACCACAGGGUAAAGUUGGUGAUUCUGGAGCACAGGGUUUACAAGGUCCUCCAGGACCUGAGGGUUUCCCAGGAGACAUUGGUUUACCAGGCCCGAACGGACCAGAGGGCCCAAAGGGUGAUCCAGGUGACAGAGGACCAUUGGGACCACAGGGGCCAAAGGGACAAGAGGGGGACGAAGGCCCAUUGGGACCUCCAGGAAGCCAUGGACCACUGGGAAGGCUCGGCCGAAAAGGAAAUCCUGGGCUGCUUGGACUAGAAGGCAUUAAGGGGGAACAAGGAGAUUUGGGAACCCUUGGGAAGAUUGGAGAGCAGGGUCCUGCUGGCUUGCCUGGACCAAGAGGUCCCACUGGAAUACUCGGUGAAAAGGGUGAUCGUGGGGAUCCAGGUCCUUUGGGACCUUCUGGAGAGAAAGGAUCCAUGGGUUACAUGGGACCUCCAGGGAUACCUGGUCCAGUAGGACCACAGGGACUGCCAGGUCUUCCAGGACGGAGAGGAUUGCCGGGGAUACAAGGUGCAAAAGGGAGACGAGGACCGAGAGGUUUGGAUGGUUCCCCAGGAGAACAUGGGCCCCAAGGUAACAAGGGAGAAAGAGGCGAACUUGGCACAAAAGGUGAAACUGGACUUAUUGGUAAAGCUGGUAAUCCUGGAGAAAGGGGAGCUCAAGGUGCCCCAGGAUUGACAGGACCUCCUGGAAACACUGGAGACAUGGGACCCCCUGGAAAACCAGGUCCUCGAGGACAACAAGGUGAGGUUGGUGCUACUGGAGGAAUUGGUCCUGAGGGACUUCCAGGAGCUAUAGGAGAGCCUGGUCAGCAAGGGGAGCCUGGAACGAAGGGUGAAAUAGGAGCAGCUGGGAACAUAGGAGAACCUGGCCAAAUGGGCUUGAGGGGAGAGCCAGGUCCAGUUGGAGAAGAUGGAAUUCAAGGUAAAGACGGCAUCAAGGGUGAACUGGGUGAUCAAGGGCCUAAGGGUGAGAUGGGAGAAAGGGGUGACAUUGGAACUCGGGGAGUUAUUGGUGAUGCUGGAGGACCUGGGAUUAAUGGAAUGCCAGGACCUGAAGGGAAACGAGGCAAGCCAGGACAGCAAGGGCGCCCAGGAAGAAAGGGAGAGAAAGGACCUCGGGCACCUCCUGGAGAACAAGGUGACCCAGGUGAACAAGGGGAGCAAGGAGGACCAGGACCCAAAGGAGCAAGAGGCUCACGGGGACCAAUGGGGCCUUUAGGCUUGAUGGGUCCAAUGGGUGAACCAGGACUUGUGGGAUAUCCGGGUCAUCAAGGGUCGCAAGGACCUCAAGGACCCCCAGGACCUAAGGGAGGAAAGGGCUAUCCAGGAGAUGACAGUGGUGUAAUUGGACUCCUUGGGCCUCUAGGUGAACCAGGCUCUGUGGGUCCACGUGGAGAUCGGGGUGAGCCAGGAGAUGAAGGAUACAAGGGUUAUUCAGGUUUACCAGGACCUAGAGGAGCUGCUGGACAGCAAGGAGCACCGGGAAAUCCAGGUGAACUAGGAGAACAAGGGCCAAAAGGAGAAGAAGGAAGUAAGGGUGAAAAGGGGGCAAAAGGAUCUUGUGGUGAACCAGGGAAAGCAGGCUUGCCGGGAAUCAGUGGACCAACUGGUGAAAGAGGAGCAGCAGGAUACCCAGGACUGAGAGGAAAACCCGGGAAUGUCGGAAAACCAGGAGUUCCUGGAAGUCCUGGACAGCCUGGUGAUCUGGGAAAUCCUGGAUUAGUUGGACUGGCUGGUAAUCCUGGACUACAGGGCGCUCCUGGAGAACCUGGUGUGGUGGGUGACAGAGGACAACAAGGACCAAAGGGGGAGAAAGGUUUACCAGGUCAACCUGGAUACCAAGGUAAACAAAGAGGUCGCACUGGAGUCCAAGGUGAUCAAGGAGCCAUUGGGGAACCUGGUUCUAAAGGACAAAGUGGGGAAGCUGGUGAUCGAGGAUUGAUGGGUUUCCCAGGCUUUCAAGGCCCAAAGGGUCCAAUUGGAGAUAUUGGUAAAAAAGGAAUUCAAGGUCCAAAAGGCCCUAUUGGAUCAUUCGGGGACACUGGACCGUUUGGACCCACUGGAAUUAUUGGUCCUACUGGGAAACCUGGUCCAAAAGGUGUGAAGGGCAGCAGAGGAGCAAUGGGGCCUGAAGGACCACAAGGACAACCUGGACCACCCGGUCCUCCUGGGGUACCUGGUCCAUUGAGACAUGUGGACAUCAAUGAAGCUAUUCAAGCCCUGAUUGCAUCCAAUGAAGCCCUUCAGUUUGAGAAUUACCAGAAUAAUGAAAUGCCGCUCAUGGAACAAGGUAUGGAGAUAUUCAAAACUCUACACUAUCUCAGCAGUCUGAUGCACAGUAUCAAGAACCCACUAGGAACCAAGGAACAUCCUGUUCGUGUUUGCCGGGACUUGCUGAACUGUGAAAGUAAAUUAUCUAAUGAUAAGUACUGGAUCGACCCCAACUUGGGCUGCCCUUCGGAUACAAUCGAAGUGUUCUGCAACUUUAGCACUGGCGGUCAAACCUGCUUACGCCCUGUCAGUACAUCGAAGCUAGACUUUGGAAUUGGGAAAGUACAGAUGAACUUUUUGCAUUUACUAAGUUCAGAGGCCAUACAGACCAUCACGAUCCAUUGUCUCAAUUUCCCAGUCUGGAAGAACACCACCAACAAACAUCCCUACGCUAAUUCCAUGCUCUUUAGAGGAUGGAAUGGGCAGAUAUUUAAGGCAAAUACAAUAUCUCAACCUAAGGUUAUAAGAGACGGGUGCAAGAUUCAGGACGGAACGUGGCAACAGACGCAGUUCGUUUUUCACACUCAAGUUGUGAGUCAACUUCCGAUUGUUGAGAUUCAGCGGCCCCCCCACCUCAAGCCAGCAAAUCAAUAUCGCGUAGAAAUCGGUCCAGUCUGUUUUCUAUAAUAGGACAAUGAACUUGGGUUAUCUUUAUGAACACUGUAAGGAAACUGUUACCAAAAGCUAGACUCCUUUCAGCUGGAAGUUUUUGGAGAGAUAAUCUCUUGUUCACUGUGGAAAACCCAGAAACAAGUUUUAUUCAAACUGACUUCUCAGGAAGAAUGAGUUGAUGCCGAAUCUACCGGAAACCAAUCACUGAAGUUAGCAGGAAAUGUAAGGCAAUUGUUGCGUAAUGCACAAUAUUUUGUGCUUCCUAUCAUAGUUCCUUUUUAAACAAAUAGUAGUGGAACCUUUCCGUAAUGUAGAGAUUAUGACUUCAGGUCCAUGCACUCACAGUAAAUCAGCCCCAAAAAGGACUGGAAAAGGAAAGAUCUUUAGUAGCACUGAUGGCGAUGUGUUGAAAAAAUGUGCGACUGUCUCAUGAUGAGGAUGGACGGCAGCUAAUAACAGGUGCCCAGUUUUAUCGUCUUCUCUUCAGUUUUGAAAGGUGCUACUUCUAGAAGAUUCCUCUACCUCCGAUAUGCUAAUCUGUCUCUCAUCUAGGGCUUCAUUUUGGCCAACCUGGUGGCUGACAGACACGGAUGUUCCUCGUGCAUGAGAGUCAAUGGACCAGCCUACUGAGAAACCCGUGUUGGCUGGUACUGAGCACCCACCCGCAUCCUGUCAGGACUCAUCACUUAUCUGAGGUUAGCCAGAGCCAGUGUGUGUCAGAGUCCCAACUAGGCACAGGCUAUUCAAUCAGCAAAAUAGAAACCGUUUACUGGCACACAGCGCUGGUAAACUUCCUGUCUGUGCAGCUAAAUCCACCUGCCCCAUGAGGGUAUUGCCUUUUAUAGUUAUUGAGACCGAAAUGGGACGGAUCUAAGCCAGACUGACCUCUCCAGCGUCUAUUACUAUGGUAGGCUGGUCACCAACAGCAUGUUGGAAUGUAGACACAUGCAGCCUGGCUCAGAUAUCAGAUUACUAAGGCUGUCA